AUGUAAACUUAAAACGGCAACAAACUUUGAGAGAGCACAUUCUGACAUGCGUUCGCUUCGCUAACAUCGCGCCAACGUACUUGCGAAUUUAAAUGGAGUUCUGGUGGAUUUACUAAACUGGAUUUUGGGUCGAUAUUGGAUUAUAUCCUGAUCAUUCAGUGUUUGUGUUUUUUCGAUUUUUUUGAAAGCUAUCAAAAUGUUGGACAACCUCAUUGUUGAUAUACAUUUGGAGCAAACGGAGGAUGGAAGGAGCAAAAUUGGCAAGGAGCCCUUUGAGAAGCAGUAUCAGCUUGGUUCCCUUCUGGGGAGCGGCGGUUUCGGGUCUGUGUUUGCCGGUCAACGCAUCUCAGACGGGUUGCAGGUUGCAAUUAAACAGAUAUCAUCUGAUAGAGUACAGCAGUGGGCGACACUGCCCGAUGAACCAAACCUUGUCCCCAUGGAGAUUGCUCUGCUUCUGCGUCUGAGUGGUAGUGGACCAAGUCAAGGCAAAGCCCACUGCGGGGUCAUUAGGAUGUUGGAUUGGUUCGAGGUUCCAGACCGAGGCUUCCUCAUCGUCUUUGAGAGGCCACAGCCGUGUCAAGAUCUCUUCGACUUCAUCACAGAGCGGGGAUGUCUCGAGGAGCACAUUGCCCAAAGGUUUCUGAGGCAGAUUGUUGAGGCCCUGCAGUUCUGUGAGUCGCGGGGGAUUGUACAUAGGGACAUCAAGGAUGAGAACGUGCUCGUGGACACACGCACUGGAAAAGUCAAGAUCAUCGACUUUGGAUCUGGUGCUCUCCUGAAAGAUGGAAAUUACACAGAUUUUGAAGGAACAAGAGUGUACAGUCCUCCUGAGUGGAUAGUGAACCACAGCUACCAGGCCAGGCCUCUCACGGUGUGGUCACUCGGAGUGCUCCUCUUUGACAUGGUGUGCGGUGACAUCCCAUUUGAAAGGGACAGAGAGAUUGUGCAAGCCAAGCCUAGUUUCACCAAGCGCAUCUCUAAAGAGUGCCAGUCGCUGAUCCUGUGGUGUUUACAGUACCGGCCUGAGGACCGGCCGAGUCUGCAGGAGAUCUUACUACAUCCCUGGAUGGACACCUGUGAUGAUCUAGGAGAUCUGUCUGAGGAGCAGAACAUCAUGCCAAGCCUCUAAUUUAUACAGACGGUGCUGGGCUGUUUUUUCAGUCCCACUGUCUGUUUUUGUUGUUUUUCUCCUAACGGACUGUUAAUUUAUGAUGAGUUCCUGUGCUUUUGACUGAAGCAGGAGGGUUCUGUUUUGGAUUGAGAUACAACCAAUAUUUGGUCCUAGCACAAUGUGGAGGAUUAUCUCAUGUUAAAUUAUUUUGUUUUGUUUUGUUGUCAAUGCUAUACAAUUGUGGAAAUUGGAAGAUUAUUAUUUUUAUUUAUUAGGGAGUUUUAUUUUGUUACAUAUUUAUAUGAAGAGAGAAGUUAUUUAUUGAAGGUCAAAAUAAGAAAGAGCAAGAGAGAAGUUGCUGAUACCUCCCAUUGUAUUCAAAUCCAAAUUCAGGCCAAGAAUGUUAGCAUUUUUUGCCGUAAGACCAAAACUGAUACAUUGUUUAGACCUGGUUUUACAGGUUGUAUCUGUGGAAUUUUCACCUUGUUUAAGAGGUAACAAAGACCAGGGAUCCUAUUUCAAAUUCCCACCUUCGUAACAAUAACAAAGAGCACUACUGAUCCUCCUCACAAGACCUGGAGUACAUUGGAGCUUUGGGAAUGGCAUCACUGGACUAAUGAAACAUGAGAUUGUAGCUGAGAAGCUUUGGGGUUGCCUUAUUUUAAACAACAAGUAUUCAAAAAAAAAUGUGGGAAAUUUCAAAUUCUACUGCCAAAUGUGGAAUUCUAAACAACCAAUAAGUCAUUGUCUAUUUUUAUUAUUAAUGUUUUGGAAGGCUUCACAACUCCUGGUUUUUUUUGUGUGAAAAAACACUUGUCCACUUGUCUUGUAGUGGUUGUUUAACACAAGGUGCUAAGUCAAAGGGAGCUCAGCAAAAGCAAUGUCACCCUGAAGUUUUUUUGUUUUUUAAUCUGGACUUUGUCAGUCUGGGUUGGAAUGCAUUGUUAAUACUUGAGUAUUGUUUACUGUAAAUCUUUUAAAUAAGAGUAUACUGAAUGUCUUUACACUGUACAGAGUUUGCAAAUAAAACAAUGCUUGCCAUUGUUAACAUCA